CUGGGGCGAGCUGACCGUCAGUUUUCACCAUGGUCUGUAGGUGUGCAGCAUCUGGGAAAGACGAGCCUGGGGCUUGUAGUCUGUCCCUCACCGCCGAGCUCACUCCAGUUGGCAUUAGCACUUGGAGACAUUGAGGAAUGCCCGUUUACUGGACAAGGUGGACUUUUAGCAACAGGCAUUUCCCCCUUCCGCUGAGAAUAAAAUAACGAAUGAUUUAAAAAAACCAUCUAUAGUCAACAAUAAAAAAAAACCUGUCUGUAACCUCGAAAUGGUCGGACGUAGAUGGAUCGCUGUCAGUGUCUGGCUGGCGGCGAGAUGAUGUAAACCCACCGCAUGGAAAUAGUUGUAAUUUAGACCAUGUUGAAGCGAGAGCGAUGGACUGGGGCGAGGCGCAGAGCCUUGUGUUUCACAGCAGCCACCCAGCAGCGAGGGGCCAGCACCGUCCUCUCGGAGCAGCACUGAAAGGGUUUUUCUGAAACGCUCCGGCUUUCUAGCGCCUCUCACUCCCAUCGCGUCCAAGGUUCACGGGGUAUGCGCAAGAGCAGGAAUAUGGGCGCCAAUCACUCCCACAAAACACCGGUAUUUGACGAGAAUGAAGAUGUUAACUUUGACCACUUUCAGAUCCUUCGAGCAAUUGGAAAAGGAAGCUUUGGAAAGGUUUGCAUUGUCCAGAAGAGAGAUACAAAGAAAAUGUAUGCUAUGAAAUACAUGAACAAACAAAAAUGUAUUGAACGAGAUGAAGUGCGCAACGUUUUCAGAGAACUGCAGAUCAUGCAACGACUUGAGCACCCUUUCCUUGUGAAUCUAUGGUAUUCAUUCCAAGAUGAGGAAGACAUGUUUAUGGUGGUAGAUCUUUUGCUCGGUGGAGAUUUACGCUAUCAUUUACAGCAAAAUGUGCAUUUCAAUGAAGAAGCUGUGAAACUCUAUGUCUGUGAAUUGGCAUUAGCCUUGGACUACCUGCAGAGCUACAAUAUCAUCCACAGGGACAUCAAGCCUGACAAUAUCCUUCUUGAUGAACACGGGCAUGUUCACAUCACUGAUUUCAACAUAGCAACAGUGGUGAAGGACUCUGACAAAGCCACAUCAAUGGCUGGGACCAAGCCAUACAUGGCUCCAGAGCUUUUUCAGACAUUUUUGGAAGGAGGUCCUGGCUAUUCAUAUCCAGUUGACUGGUGGUCACUGGGCAUUACCUCUUAUGAACUAUUAAGGGGCUGGAGACCAUAUGACAUUCACUCCAAUACGCCAGUGGAAGAAAUACUCCUCAUGAUUAAUACUGAGAAAGUGCACUGCUCCUCCACGUGGUCCAAAGGCCUGGUGACAUUAGUAAAAAAGCUGCUUGUGAAGGAGCCCGAAUGUCGCCCAUCAAGUCUCAAGGACAUUCAGAAUUCUCCGUACCUAGCAGACGUGAACUGGGAUGCAGUUCUGGAGAAGAAUCUCCCUCCUGCUUUUGUUCCAAAUAAAGGGAGAUUGAAUUGCGAUCCGACCUUUGAACUGGAAGAAAUGAUACUGGAAUCCAAACCACUUCAUAAGAAAAAGAAAAGACUGGCUAAGAAUAAAUCUAAAGAUUCUGGGAAAGAAAGUUCCCCACUGAACGGACAUCUACAACAGUGCCUGGAAACAGUCCACAAUGAUUUUACCAUUUUCAACAGAGAAAAGUUCAGAAAAUCUCGGGCAGAGGAUGGACAAACAUCCAAGAUGGAAAAUGAAACUUGCAGUCAGAUGCAUGAAAAGACACAGGAUGGUCAGAACAACAAUGUGCUUGAACCUUUCUACACUACAGUUCCUAGCUAGUCUACCAGAACUAAUCUGACCCUUCUGAGGACUUUAAUACUCUUUGCUUUACAAUGACAUUAUUUCUGUGCAUGCCUUGUAGUUUAAAUCACCUCUCCCAUUGGAAAACAGCUCGGGUGACUAGCUUCCCAGCAGAAAAAAUUGAGCUUUUCCUCGGCUGGAGUGGAAAGGGAUAUGUUGGCUGGCAGAGGACAAUCAUCUUACAGAGAGAAGAGACAAAUAUAUAUCUUGAACUACUUUGAAGUUAAUUUUCACAUAGGUUCCUUUAAACACACUAAGAAUGUUACAGCACCAACCUAAGCCUUUGAGAAAAAUUAACUUUUAUGCCUUGUCUUUUAAAGCUGUACAUUUAUAAAACACGAUAAUUUCACUGACAAGAUUCAUACUCACAAGAAGAUUACUUACUCCCCUUGACAUUCAGAAUUAAGUACACUUGACUUGAUAGAAAUGUUUCAGGCUCAUUUGGACUUUUACAAAAGUUUUAUGAAUUGAGUUUGGGAUUUUAUUUCUGCACGAUUAAUUCUACAUUUUGUAAACACAACCUGAGCAGUGCGGUUAAUUUUGGCAAAGUAAGAGGUUAUAAUGAUUGAAAAAAAGUCAAUAGUCUCUAAAUUGAAAAAAUGUACAUUUUUGUUAGCAAUAAAUACUAGGCAAAGUUUAUAUUCUGCCUUGCCUUAUGUAAAUUUAAUUUUCAAAAUUAAUAGCCAGCUUCUUCUUCAUUAUUAUCUUACAUAAUUUAUAUCUCUCCAGUGAUUUGAUUUUUUAUUUUAAAUUUAAUUUUGUACAAGUUGAAAGAAAUGUAAAUACAGUGUUAACAUUAUAUUUAAAGACUACAAUUUACACCUGCUAUUAGCUAUUCGUUACCAAUAGACCAAGAAUCUCCUGGUGGGACAAGACGUUAUCAAAAGAAGACAAACAUUUAUAAAUAUUAAUGCAUUGAAGUUAUGACAGAAAAGAUUAUUGCAUGUUAUUUUCACUCUUUAUUUUAUUAUAUUUGGGUUAAGAGGAAAUUGACAGCAAUUAAGUAAAAGAGCUCAAUAGGGUGCAUUAGAGCUCACGAGGCAAAAUUAAAUGGGAUCCAAUGGCAGUCUUACCCAGCAAUUAGAGAAUUGGUGUAGAACCUUGUCAGUAGCAUUAAGCAGCAGUGAUAACCAAGAGAGCUCCAUAAUCAAUGCAAUACCCCAGGUCAAAGGUGAGCGAGAGAAUGAUGGUGGUCACAGGAGAGGGAAAGAUCCAAGUGGCUGUCAGUGGCCUCCUCCUGAGGCCAGGUUGCUCGAUCAGACACGGAGUACCUAACAACAAAGGCAUCCUCUCUGGAAGGCUACCGGCAAAACUGACAGGUUUUGGUGGGAGGGCAUUAGGAUCAACAGGAAAGCCAUGUAAGUCUUAAUUAAUUCUUGAGCCACUGCUAAUUUGUGAUAAUUUAAGGGUUAACUGUCAAUUGGCUUGUUAAUGAACCUGAUUGACACCCCACUGCUGACAGACAGGUUUCCCUGAUUAGGCACCUCCCAACCAACUUAAUUGGGUACAGUUUUCCGGAUGCUAGGUAUCCAUACUGGUCCUCCUGCCUAAUUCCCCGCCCCUUCACCUGUUAUCACGCCUGCUCCAUUGGCAUCAACUAAAUUCCACUCCAGAUUUUUAUUGUGGCCAUAGCCCUGCAAAUAUGAGAUGUACACACAAGUUGCUACUUGAGUACUAGACAAUGACAAAAAUCAUUGCAUUGGAGAUCACAUCAUUACAGAGACUGGAGUUUGAACAGUAGUUUUCUUCUGUGACCUGCUAUUAAAUUAUUUCUAAGAUCAGCAAUGAUAAUGUUAAAAAACUUUAAAGGGGGUUGCUGAAAAAGUAAUGUGGUUAUUCCAAAUGUGACACAAUAAAACACAAGAUUAUUUUAGUGCACACAUUAAGUGGUGGUUGAAUAAUAGUUAUUGUUUUUGAUAACUGUUUCUGUUAUGUUUCAUUUUGGUCUGUACCACCUUACUUGAAUAACUGCUAUUGCUUGAGUCUUAUUGAAGAGCAGUGGUGCCUUGAAUUAGAUUUAGCAGUAACCCAGUAAUCAGAAAGCAGCAAUGUUACAUGAUGAAGGAGUAACUUCACAACUGAGUUCAUAUGACAAUAUCAUUAAUUAUUGGAUGACAAUAAUUACCAGAUGACAAUUAUAUAAAAUCAAACACAAAGAAUGCUGGAGAAAUUCAGUAGGUCUGGCGCCAUCUGCAGAGAGAGA